UUUAAUAAAAAACUCUAAAAUUAAGGACGUCCAAUAUUAAAAAAAAAAAAAAAGGCGAUUUUACAAAAUCCAAAAACUAUAUAAAGUCACCAUGCAAGUUUGCAAACCCUCUCGCUUGCUCGACGGCGGCCAUUCUAUCACGGGUUACCAUCGUCUUAUUGUUAGCUUUAUUUCGUCAGGGUAUAUACUAUAUUCUGUUUGGCUGGAAGUUGUUUUAUCAGCAGUAGAAAUUUGGGUUUCAAUGGCUGGCAAGAAAAGAAGCUUCCAUUCUAUUGGUACGGCCAAUAAUGUGUUUACAAUGCUUUGGAAUGAUAAGAAAUUAAAGGAUACAGCAUCCGCCAUGCCCAUGGAGAGAAAAAAGAUGAGAAAAGCACUAGAAAAGGAGAGGCGGUUUCAUGCUUUACGAGAUAAAGAUUUGCAUCCUAAACAAAAAAGUAUAACACCCUUAUCAACCUGCAGUGGUCGGCCUCUGCCUGAGUUCCAUUAUAGAGUUUUUAAUGACUUAUGUCUGGCUGAUGCUUCUGUAAGAGAAGCAGCAGUGGAAAAAUUGGUGGAAGAGUUGGAAGAAAUUCAGAAGGUAUAUGAGAGGCUUGAGAAUAAGGACUUGCUUGAUCAGGAUGGAUUUAAAGUGGAUGCUGAAAAGGAUGAUGGCUUGAAAAACUGUGCACCAUCUUUGAGGUAUGCUGUGCAUAGGCUAAUCAAAGGAGUUUCUUCACCCAGAGAGCAUGCUAGACAAGGUUUUGCUUUGGGUUUGACUAUCUUGAUUGCUACAAUUCCUAGCAUUAGAGUGGGCUCUUUAUUAAAACUUAUAGUUGAUUUGUUGGAAGUUUCUUCAUCAAUGGAGGGUCAGGAAGAAAGGGAUCGUCUCCUGGGUCAGUUGUUUGCUUACGGCGCUCUUGCUCGAUCUGACAGACUUAUUAAAGAGUGGAAUUGUGAUAACAACACUCCUCAUGUCAAGGAAUUCAUCAGUGCUCUUAUCUCCCUUUCCUCAAAAAAACUAUACCUGAAGGAGGGAGCUGUCUCAGUUAUAUUAGAAAUGGUUGAAAAGUUGCCUGUCAAAGCCUUGUUGAAUCACUGCCUUGAAGCUCCCGGUGUCAUUGAGUGGUUUGAAGAAGCAAGUGACCUGGGAAAUCCUGAUGCUUUGCUUUUAGCUUUGAGAAUUCGUGAAAGAACAUCAAUUGACAGUGCAGUUCUUGACAAACUUUUGCCAAAUCCAUUCAGCCCAAGCAAUCUUUUCUCUGCCAAUUAUCUAUAUUCCCUUACUAACUGCUUUAAGAAAUCAACAUUUUGUGGGCCACGAGUUCAUGGUGUGUGGUCUGUUGUCACAGAUAUUCUUCUACCGGAUUCCAAUUUUCAGGCCGAAGAUGCAGCAUCAGUUUUGAAUUUCUCAAAGAAGCAUAAAAAGGGUCGGAAAUCUAGCUCUUUUGAGGAAGAAACUGCAAAGAACGUUCAGUGUUUUUGUGAGGUUGUUGUUGAAGGAUCCCUUCUUCUGUCAUCUCAUGAUUGCAAAAACUUAGCACUUGAUAUUCUGCUUCUUCUCCUCCCUAGGUUGCCGGUGUCUUUAACUCCAAUCAUUUUGUCCAACAAACUUGUCCAAUGCUUGAUGGAUAUACUUUCCUCCAAGAACUCCUGGUUGUACAAAGUUGCACAGGAUUUUCUUAAUAAAUUAUUAGAUUGGGUUGAAAAUGACAAUGUCAGAAGAGUAGCUGUUAUUGUGGCUUUACAGAAGCACAGUAAUGGAAAAUUUGAUUGCAUUACAAAGACAAAAACAGUUAAGAAUUUGAUGGAAGAGUUUGAAACAGAAGCAGAAUGCAUGUUGUUUGUCCAGAAUAUGAUGAACAUGUUUCUGGAUGAAGGUCAUGCUUCUGAUGGAUUUUCAGAUGAGACUUCUGAGAUAGGCUCCGUUGAGGACAAGAAUUCUGCUCGAAUGUUGGGGAACUCUGAUUUAUUGAAAAGCUGGAUCAUAGAAUCCCUGCCUACUGUUUUGAAAUAUUUAAAGAAGGAUCCUGUAGCAAAAUUCCGGGUCCAAAAAGAAAUUUUGAAAUUUCUAGCUGUUCAGGGUCUAUUUUUUCCUUCUCUUGGCAAUGAAGUUACUUCAUUUGAGUUGCAAGAGAAAUUCAGGUGGCCAAAAGCAGCCACCUCAAGUGCCCUUUAUAGGAUGUGCAUUGAACAACUCCAAUCAUUGCUGGCAAACACAGAAAAGGUUGAGGAGCAUGCUCUUGAGAUAAAUGAUCUUGGUUGCUACUUUAUGCAGAUCUUUAGUACAUUGCACAACAUUCCUUCAAUUGUUCUCUUCCAAACUUUGAACAAUGAGGAUGAAAAGGCUAUCAUAAAAUUGAAAGAAAUGGAAAGUAGACUUUAUAAAGAGGGAGUGAACCUUGGCUUUAGCAGUGAUGGAAAUAAACUGCAUGCAUUAAGGUACUUAGUCAUCCUACUGCUACUAGAAGUGCUCCUUCGACCUGGGGAAUACUCUGAAGCAGCCUCUGAACUUGUCAUAUGCUGUGAGAAAGCUCUUGCAGCUUCUGGUAUUCGCAUCUCAUCUGGAGAAGAUAAGUUGGACAGUGAUUCAAUAACAGAAUUAAUGGAUGUCCUUGUGGAUACAUUGCUUUCCUUGCUGUCACAGUCAUCAGCUUCUAUGCAGUCAGUUAUUGAGAAGGUUUUUAGAUAUUUCUGUGUUGAUGUAACGGAUGAUGGACUUUUCCACAUGUUGCAAAUAAUUAAGAAAGAGCUAAAACCUGCCAGACGCCCGGACUCAGAUGGUAAAGAUAAUGAUGAUGACGAUGAUGACCUUUUUUAUAUUGAAGAAGAUGAGAGUAUAGAUGAUGCUGAGACUGAAGAAACAUCUGAUAAUGAUGAGCAGGCAGAUGACUCUGAGGAAGUAGCUGGAGGUGAGGAUCUUGCUAUAGAACUUCCUGAGGAUUCUGAUGGAGACAUGGAUGAUGACGCAAUGUUCCGCAUGGACACUCAUCUUGCCCACAUCUUUAAAGAGAAAGAGAGGAUGGCUGGCAGUGAAACUGUUCAGUCCCAGCUCGUCCGUUUCAAACUCCGUGUUCUUUCAUUGCUGGAAAUUUACUUGCAUGAACAUCGAGGCAAGCCCCAGGUACUAUCAGUUUACUCAAACUUGGCUCUGGCAUUUGUCAAUCCACAUACUACAGAAUGCAGUGAGCAACUUAGACAGCGUAUAUGGGGAAUACUUCAGAAGAAGAUACUCAAAGAAAAGAAGUUGCCUGAAUAUGAAGCCAUGCAAUUAUCUACACUUGAAUCCUUACUGGAGAGAAACUUAGAGUUGGCCUCCAAACCAUUCAAGCUAAAGAAAUCUGCUAGUUUCCUAUCCAAGAAGAAGCUGUCAGCCUCUUCAAACCGACGCAAAAUGCAUGUUUCCCUUGCUCAAGACUCAACCUACUGGAUACUUAAGAUCAUUGCUUUCAGAAACUUUUCAGAUGUUGUAUUGCAGAGAGUUUUUGAUAUCUUGUGGGCUGCGUUGGUCGGGUAUUUUGACAAAAAAAGUUCCCAACUAAAAUCCGGGUUUCUGAAAGAAAUAUUUCGAAGACAUCCAAGGAUUGGCCACAAACUCUUAGGCUUGCUUUUAGAAAAAUGUGGCAGCGCCAAGUUAGAGUUUCGACGAGUUGAAGGGCUUGAUUUGGUUAUUGAAGUAUUGAAGUCACCAGCUCCUAUGAAAUAUGGUGAAACCAGGAAGGGAGCAGCAAAGAGAAUGUUGAAAAGCCAUUUGUGGAGUCUGAGUCGUCUAAUAAAGGAAGUGGUGAGAAGAAUGCCAGAAAAGCAGGCAAGGCGAGCUGAUGUGCGUAAACAUUGUCAAAGGAUCUUCCAGAUGAUAUCAAGGCUUGGUUUAUCAAAGUCUUUUCUUCAAUGUUUGGGACCAGAUCAUGGCUGUGAAUCUCAACUUGGUGACCUGUUCCUUAGGCUGUAAAGUUUUGGGAGUACUCUUCUAUUUUAAUAUUCUCAAAUCAAAAUAUUUCUACUUGACUGGUGCAUUCAAACAUGAAAAGUUUUUUUUUUUUUUUUUAAUAAAUAGAUUUCAUCAGGUUCACAUUGAAAUCAUUUUUCAUAGGCUUGGGAUAUGGUCCACCUUUUCUUUUAUCACAUGGGCUUUGUUGAUGAAAGUCAUGUUUGGGUUUUUUAGGAGUUCGCCGAAUGUUGACAAGAUGGUGAAUGUGGUUUGUCGCAAACAACAAAGUGGCGGAAAUGAUAUUUAGGAAAUAAUUAAGGCAUAGAGAGUAGAGUUGUAAAUGAAUUAUUUGAUUAAUCUGGUUCUAUUUUUCAUAUCUUACUAGGCGAGUGUCCGCUCG